CUUAACACUUAUAACAAUUCCACGACACGGUGACCUUAAUAUUAUAUCUUAAUACGCUGUAGAAUGGAUGUAAUAUAAAUGUACAUUUAUUUCAAGUCUACUUAAAAAUAUCCGGAAACACUGAGAAGUAAGAAGGUUCUCCAAAAAUCUGUGCGGCUUUGACAUGAUUCCCCGUUAUCGAACUUUACCGUACCGAUUUAUGACCUUGAAGCUGGUUCUUAUGCAAGUUUAUGCGAAGAGAUUCCUCAAAGAAAAACAAACGUGAGGAAUCGAUUGAUAUCAUUGGAGAAGCUAGUAAUAGUGGAGAUGACGAUACUAAAAUUGAUAAAGAGGAACCACGCCAAUUGACUGGUGCAACCGAGCAGUCGUCAGAGUGCCUUUUACCGGACACACCAACUGCUGCUUUUGGAGAGACAAUUAAUCGUGGGGAUGACGAAGCACCGGUAGACACUUUUACCUACAUAGCCGUGGGUGGACGUAAAAGAACUCCUUCAUUGUCACUUGAACAUGAAGAUGCUGGAUGCGAUGAAGAAACGAUACCCAUAAAUGAUGUAGUUGAACAACCGCCGGAGUGCAUACCCAAGGAAGAUUUCGUUGAUGUCAUUGGAGUGAUUGGUGAUAGUGGAGAUGACCAAGCAACUGUCCCCACCAAAAAAAAAGGUGGCCGUAAAAGGACUUCGUCAUUGACAAUUGUGUCUGCCGAUACUAAAAUUGAUGAAGAGGAAACACACCAAUUGAUUGGUGCUACCGAUCAGUCCUCUGAGUUUCCUUUACAGGAGAAAUCAACUAAUGUGCUUGGAGAAGCUACUAAUAGUGAAGAUGACAACGUAUCGGUAGCAACAGUUCCCAACAUACAAAAGGGCGACCGUAGAAGAACUUCUUCAUUGACAAUUGUAAAUGACGAUACUAAAAUUGAUGAAGAGGAACAACACCAAUUGGCUGGUGCAACCGAGCAGACGUCAGAGUGCCUUUUACGGGAUGAUAUCGAAGAGAAAUCCACAAGCCAUAGAGAUGCGUCUGAUGAAAGAAAUUCCGGAGGAGGACAAACUGUCGGCGUCCAGGAAUCUCGUAAAGAAAGGGGGCCUUUUCCCUUACCACCUAUGCAGAGUACAGCAACAUACAACAGCAGCUGUAGACAACAAGACACAGAAGUUGAUGACUCUGAGAGCCCAUUCAUUGGUCUUGAAGGACGUCAAGAUCGCAGCUCCUGCCUAGCGUGCCAGAGGCCAGCGAGGGACGUUGUUAUCCGACCAUGUGGUCAUCUGCUUUACUGCUGGGGCUGUGUUGAUAGAAUGGACAAAUGCAGGAAAUGUGACAGAGCGAUAUCUGAUAAGAUUAAAAUAAAAACUGACUAACAAUUCAAAUUGGUAUAUGUUAUAUGGUUUAACCAAUAUAACAAAUCUCAUCCUCAUAUAUUAAGAAUAUUUGUUCCAAAUUGAUUUGCAUACAAUUGAAGCAUUCUGGCCUUAUGGUUGAUCUGUCUGAAGUGGUUUCUAUUUGACAUUAACCAUUUGAAAGAAAUUAAGUUCACAUCCCUCCAGUUUAUAAAACUCACCAUUUAUUGAUUUGAAAUAAUACUAUAUUAUUGAAUUAUGUUUAGUGAAAGGGCAAACUUACAAUGCUUAUCGGCUACCAUGUUUUUAUUUUUAGCGUAAGCAAAUUGUAUCAAAUAAGUCUCAUAAAACAAUGAUAAAAGAAAUAGAUGCAUGUUAAUAUUUAUUCAAAUAAUUAUGUAAUGUACCACAUUGAUUAACUAAAAACAUUUCAUUAAGAAAUUUGAUAAGCUACACUCUUAUUACAAAACUUUACCACCAUCACCCAAAGCAUAAUUGCAUUGAAAUGUAAUACACAUAUAGCCUUUGUUAAAUGACAUAAGAAAAAUGUAACUCUAUUUGAAAUUCACGCCUUCUAGUGAGUUUAUGAUGAAACAUGACAACGGAGAAAAUAUCACAAUGUAAUUUCACUAUAUUUGAAACACUACCAAACAAACUGCAACGUGCACGGUAUAAUCACUGAGCUUAUUAUUUAUCUUCGAUCAUAUCAUUUUUUUAAUUGUUUUUCUGUAAAAUAAAGAUUUAUAUAGCUCUGAUGAAUAUUACUCUUUCUACGCAUAGAAUGAGUAAUGUAUGUACAUUAAAUAAGGAAUACUAAAUGACGUAGAUGCUAUGGCAAUGAUGCCGUAAAGCUAUAGCUUCACUCAUACUGGUGGGUGCCAGCAUAUUUUUAUAAUGCCUCCAGUAUCGCCUGAGAGUACUGUUCCACGUGGUCGUCCCUAAGGCACACGUCUAGUGGUCGUCCCUAAGGCACAUGUCCAGAGGUUUGCGGGUAAUGUUUCGAUUGUAGGCCCAAAGGUGGUGGCGAAACGGAUGGACCAAGUUCGCCAUUAUUAUUAGGAAUAAACAACCUCGUCUCUGUCGACGUCAGCUCUGUUACUUUUUGAAGGGCCUAGUGCGUUGUGUGCGACGUAAUGUGUCUUGUAAAGAUGGAAGGGCUGGGUUCAGAAUUUGAUCUGGUUACAUAACCUUCCUAUGAGACUUUGGAUUGUCAUUCAUACCUAUACCGAACUACAAUCUAGACAGACAAGUAUGUGACCGACUUGCAUUGUGUCUUAGAGUAGUUCCCUAGAAUCCCGACUAUAUCGUAAAUUUGACGCAUGUAGCGUUUAAUAUGUGGAGGGUAAAUUUUGAUGUACAUGCCUAACUUGAAGAUGGAGUCCCAAAGGCAAGUUGGAAAGGCUUUCGCUAUCUGCCUGACAGAUUUCUGUAAGCAUAUACAUUUGUUAUUUAUAGAUAAAAAAUAUUAGAUAGAUAGAUAAGGAAUAUAUGAUACCUGGUUAACUCAAAUAACACGUGUAAAAUAAUUAACAUUAAUAACAACACGAGUCCUACAAAACCCAUCAUAUGGACACCAACACCAAGGAUGACUGAAACAAGAGUAAACUUUUAUUUCCAUUGUGGUCCUCAUUUAUAUCAGAUAUAUUAUGAUUGAGUGAUCGCAAAUGGUGUAUAAAGGUAGUGUUCUAAAUAUUAGAUGGUUACGUUUAAUCAAAAUGGAGAUAUUUAAAAUUAAAAAUGCCCACCUUAAUUUGGAACUGAGUGUAGUAUAUGUAUUAUUGUAUAAUUAAUGUAAUCAAUGUAAAUACCAUGUUGCCGCGUACGUAAUAAACAGAAAAUUGCGUAAUUGGACCCAUGCUUAUGGAUCAUCAAUAACCUAAUGGAUGUAUGCACGUACAAAGUCAUCAUACUAAUAGUAUAAGGAUAACUAAAUUAUUAGUGUAGUGUUCUUAUUGAGCAAAUUGUAAAAGGUACAUUUAAAUUAUGUGAUGCAAAUAUCAAUAUACAUAUCAUAAACAGUAAAUAUGCACUCGAGUACUAUGAACGAUAUUUUGUACACACUGUUACUUUUUUGUUUUACGAAAUACACCCGCAUACAAAACAACAUUCAUAUGCUCUCAAAGAAAAAGAGACAAACAAUCGCUCUCCUUUUUAUGCUUAAGUUUAAAUUAAAACAAAACGGGUGAUGUCAAAUUUCUUUGCAAUUCGAAUUAAUGUAUGAUUUGUUUGUCUCAUAUUUACUUCAGGCACAAAUUUCUCAAAACUCUUAAGCGUUUUACUUUUAAGUAUCAUCUAGCCGAAACACUUACUUUUUAAAACAAAAAAAAUAUUAAAAAAGAGAAUAUUACAGAAUGUGUAUAAAACAAAAAUAAAAAAUGAAAAUUAAAUAGUGUUCUGAGCCCUUUUUUAAAAUCACAUUUAAGAUUGGCCGAGAAAAUGGGACUGGGCCCGUUUCAGUAAUGGAUGUUAGUAGUAUCUAAUUAUCUUAAAUCUGUAUAAACGUCACAAAUAACAAUACAUCGUUUUUUCGUAAUUUCCUCAUCGUCUUGUUCUAUUUUAAUGUUUGCUUCAGUUAAAUGCAUACAAAUAAGUAGCAAAAUAAUGUAUUUAUGGGACUAAGAUAGUUUCAAUUUACGACUUAAAUUGAGUUUCUUUAUAAAUAAGUAAUACUAUUAAGAAAACUUUAUUAUGUUUCCAUAUUUAAAUACGGCACAUCAUCAGCCAAUAAGAUUUGCCCGUUCGAAGUUUACCCUUGCAGGACAAUUACAGUUUUUGAAACCAGUUCUGGUUGAAAGCCUGCAUGCAAUAUUUCUGCAGGGAAGCAAAGGAAAAUACGUGACAUGUUGAAUAUUUAAUUGUACUAUAUGAUUGUGUCUUAUGAAAGGAAGUACAUGAGCCAAUUACUGAUGUAUGUACCCCCGUUUAAAUAUUAAAAAGACAAUGUUAAACAUUUGCUUAGUAAUUAGACUGUUAAAUAGUUCGAAUCGUGUUAAUAUAAUUAUACCAAUCCGAUCCACUGGAACUCUUUUAAAGCAACGAAACACCAUAAAGUGUCUGUUAAUUAAAAAUAGCUGUUAUUUCAUUGAACUGAAUUAAAAUUGAUUUUUUUUUAUUGUUUUUUCUUGUUAUGCUUUAAAACAUUUUUGCCCUUGUUGUUUGUUGUUCUAUAUCUUUUCUGUAAUUUGGUUAUUUGUUGAUAUUUUGCGUUAUGUUUAGAAUUAGUUUUUAAUAUUGAAUAUGUUUAACUGUGUUAUAUUGCAUGCUGUUUAUGGUGAAGGUGAUAUUUGUUUGCAUUUGUAAAUACUAAUUCGUUUUACCGAUCUAUUCAGCAAAGUCACUACUUUUCUGUAGACGGGAAUUAGGAGUCAUUGCUGGUGUUCUUAGAACGAUAAUCUUGCUCCCUUGCUAAAUUGAUAACAAGUGACACAUACUCACUUGAUUGACUUUUCAGCGAUCUAGAGGUAACUUAUUCUUAAAGCUACACGUACAUGUAAAAGUUAAUUUUUUUGUCUGAAAGUUGUGUACGAAAAAUA